AUACUGAUCGUUUACCGCUCUACUUCAUUUCUUCUGUGCUUGUUGCUUCUUCAAUUAUGGGGUCCAAUUGAUUUCUCGAAAGAGUUUACAGAAGGAGAUGGCAAAGCUGUUUUCUAGAAUUGCUGGGUUCUUCACCAGCCGGAAUUUUGUUGGUGUGGACAAGGCAGGGAACCGCUACUUCACUAGAACAGAAGAGAUCGAUGGCAUCAUAAAGGAGAAGAGAUGGGUAAAAUUCAAAGGAGAGGAGGAUCCAACCUCAAUUCCAGUUGAAUGGAUUUGCUGGUUGAAUGGGCAGCGUAAAAAGCCUCCAACUCCUGAGGAAAUGAUUGAACUUGAAGCUAGGCGUGAACUUACGAGGCAAAAUGUUGCUCUUCUCAAGAAAGAAGAUGAGGAAAGAAGAGCCAAAGAAGGCAGUUCUCGCAAAACUGUUAGCACUGGUAAAGUUGGAGGUCCAGACUUGAAAAGUUUCAUACAGCAAUUUCCCACUGCUUCAGAAGGUGAGAAGCCUGAUGAGGAAUCAGAUGCAAUGGAUAAAGUGAGAAAAAGAGAAGCAGAAGCAGAGAAUGCAAAAGAAGAACCUGUGCCAGCGUCUUCAGAACCAUCAGGAUCUGGUGCAACCUUCAGGCCAGGGACAUGGCAACCACCAACAUGAUAUGGCUUCAAACGUUACUGGUCACCCCUACGACAUAGUUUUUUGCUAGUAAGAUCCUGGUUUUUUGGCCACUCCAAUUUUUUUAUAACAAAAAAAUUUACGGGCCCAGAGUAAUGGGAUGAAUGAUUGACAGUUAGAACACAUGGUCUGGCAAAUUAGGCAUUCUUUAUCUGAAUCCUUUUGGUCAUACUGGGAUUUUGGGAGAGGGCCUUGCGUCAUAGAUGUACUUGCUAAUUGCUAUUUCUUUCGUCAAUUUAUGAUUAUGAGGAUCACUUGAAGUUUUCUUCUCAUCAUUUUGUAUAACGGUAGAGCAACUAUCACAGUUUUGGAAAUGUGAUUUAGUAUUCUUUACUUUAUCA